UAUUAUUCUUGCUUUCGUAAUCGCAUUUUAGUGUUUAUUGUUUCUCUGUUUGGUGAAAUAUUACAUAAACUACCUAUUUAGUGCUGUAUGUAAGAUGGGUAGGACUACAUAAAACUCAAUAAAAAUAAGUACACAAAUAAAAUAUUUUUUAUUUUUACAUCUUCAAUUUUUUUGCUAUCUCUCCAGUUUGUAUGACGUCAUUAAGCCAGGUUCGCAGAUAUUUCCGACGACUUGUAUUAUAUUAUCAAUGUAGCAUAGCAACAAAAUAGUCUUUUUGCAUUUAAAAGUUUUUCAAGACGAGCUUUAUGCUAUAGAAUAUCGAGCUACGAUCAAAUUAUUGCGAGAAGAACCGGAGAGAACAGCUAGUUUAAAAAAAAGUAAUUAAAUAAUUUUGGUGCCGGUCAAAAUGGUAUUUAAAUGCCAAGAAGAUAGCUUUUUAAAAGAGUUUACUUCUAAAGUGGUUAAAUGCGAGUCAACUUCGGAGCCAAUAGUAGAAUAUGGCAAAUCAACAAACUUCCAGGGUUACCAAAUAACAGUUGAGAACACAAUUAUUUUCCCAGCUGGAGGUGGUCAACCACAUGAUUUGGGGUGGAUAAAUGAAGUAGAAGUCUUGCAAGUUCUUCGAAAGGGUGAGGAAGCUCUUCACUUCACCAAGGAGCCAAUCGAAGUUGGAACUAAUGUUACUCUAAAAAUAAAUUGGGAAAGGAGAUUUGACCACAUGCAACAACAUUCAGGACAACACCUGCUAUCAGCUAUAUUAGAGAAUGAGCAUGAUUUACCAACAACAAGCUGGUGGCUUGGUUCUGAUGACAGUUACAUUGAAAUAGAUACACCAAGUGUUGAUCCCAAAAUAUUACAAAGUGUAGAACAAAGAUGUAAUUCAUUAAUACAAUCAGCAUUACCCGUUAAAGUUAAGUUAUGUAAAGCAAAUGAUCCCAAUUUAGAUAAGGCACAUUUACGGGGCUUGCCAAAUGAUUGUAUGGACACAAUCAGAAUUAUAUGUAUUGGUGAUGUUGAUGAAAAUAUGUGCUGUGGUACUCAUGUAUCAAAUUUAAGUCAAUUACAAGUUAUUAAACUGUUAGGUGCAGAACCAGGCAAGAAAGGGAAGACUAAUUUGAGAUUUUUGGUUGGAAAUCGUGUAAUAAACAUGUUCCAAAAUAUGUUGGACAAGGAGAAAGCUCUAACUGGAAUAUUGAAGAACGAUCCUACAAGACAUGAAGAACUUAUUCAAAAAUUGCAGAAAAAUUUUAAAACAGUUAACAAAAACCUACAAAACGUUCUUAGUGAAUUGGCUCAAUAUGAAAUUGAGAGGGUUAUAAACAAACAUCCUAAGCCUAAAUAUGUGUUCAUGUUUAAAAAAGAAGCAACACCCGAAUUCAAUAGGGCCAUUUGUAAAGGAUUGGAUAAGGAGGGCCUCUUUAUAUUUUGUGCUUCUGAGGAACCUGAUAAACCUAAAGAAGGUCAAAUUAUUAUUCAAGGACCAGAGGAACAUUGUAAUGUAUUAGGAGCACAGAUUACAGAGAUUUUAAAAGGAAAAGGUGCAUUUAAACAUGGGAAGUUUCAAGGAAAGGCUUCUGACUUGAGUGGUAUCAAUAAAUGUAAGAAAUUAAUAGAGGAUUAUUUUAACAACCUCAACUAAGUAUAAAUUGUAAUAAAUAUACUUUGUUAAAUAA